ACUCUUUUCAAUAUUUCUUAUUAUUGUGAAGUAAACGAAAAACAUUUGGAAAUUUUAGAGAAUUAUUAAAAUUAUUUUGUUUGAGUUUAUAAUAUGUUUAAAAAUACUUUUCAAUCUGGAUUCUUAUCCAUUUUAUAUAGCAUUGGAAGUAAGCCUCUCCAAAUAUGGGACAAAAAAGUAAGAAAUGGUCACAUUAAACGUAUCACGGACAACGAUAUACAAAGCUUAGUUCUCGAAAUAGUUGGAACUAAUGUGAGUACUACGUUCAUAACGUGUCCCGCUGAUCCAAAGAAAACUUUAGGUAUAAAAUUGCCUUUUUUGGUAAUGAUUAUAAAAAAUAUGAAAAAAUACUUCACAUUUGAAGUUCAAGUACUAGAUGAUAAAAACGUCAGGAGACGUUUCAGGGCAAGCAACUAUCAAUCAACAACACGCGUUAAGCCAUUUAUUUGCACUAUGCCAAUGCGAUUAGACGAAGGAUGGAAUCAAAUUCAAUUCAAUCUAUCUGAUUUUACAAGAAGAGCCUACGGUACAAAUUACGUCGAAACCUUGCGAGUACAAAUACAUGCAAAUUGCCGAAUCCGACGAGUUUAUUUCUCGGAUCGUCUUUACUCUGAAGAUGAAUUACCACCAGAAUUUAAAUUAUUUUUACCCAUACAAAAACCAAUGCAAAAGACCACUGCCCAGGCUAUUUGCAGCUAGAAAAAUCAACACAAUUUUGUACAUAACCAUUGAAUAAUAACAAACUCAAGUUUUACUAUAACUUUUAAAAAUUUAAUCCGACAAUGUUAAAAUUUCAUGACUAGAUUCUGUGAUAAGUAUAGUGUGCUCAAAUUGGGCACUUCUUGCACCAUCGACACUUAUUGCUGUCCAGCCAUCUUCUUGAAUUUCAAUGUCGGGCCCACCCAAUGUUAAUAUAGGUUCUAUAGUGAAUGUCAUACCGGCGAUCAUCUUUCCCGGCAUUUUAUUCUCUAAAAAAAAGCGAUUUAGAAAAUAUAAUAACAGUGUUAAGGUCAUCUUACUAAAAUGUAGUAUUUCCGGAGGUCCGUGAAAAUAGCUUCCAAUACCAUGGCCAAUAAAUGCGGGUAUUGUGUUUAGUCCAGAUUUUUUGCAAAAAUUGUGCACAUAAUUUCCAAUCUUGUUAAACUCCACAUUUGGUUUGCACAAACUAAUACAGCCGAGAAGGCACUCUUCAGUCUUCUGCACUAAGUAUAGACCUCGCUCAUCCACAUUUCCAACUAAAAAAGUUUUUGAGCAGUCACCAUGGAAGCCAUUAUAAAACACAGUUAUGUCAACAUUUAUAAUGUCACCAUCUUGCAACGGCCUAUCAUCAGGUAUGCCGUGACAUGCAACAUUAUUAACCGACGUACAAAUGGAUUUAGGGAAUCCGGCAUAACGAAGUGGCGAUGGGUAAGCCUUUGCUAAAAUAAUUUUUUCGUGAACAAACCUGUCGAUCUCGUCUGUAGUAACACCAACCUGUUACAAUUGUUUAGAUAAUCUAAUAUUUAAUAUACAUAUUUUGUUAAGUGUGUACGUACUUUAAUAAUUUCCUGACACGAUUUAAGAAUAUUGGCUGCUAAUCUACAACUUUCCCUCAUUUUUACAAUUUGCAAUUCGGUUUUUAUUUCAGGUAGUCCCAACGUAUUGCCGGGUCCCAUAGACCUG